UCUUGGUUCACAACAUGUUUCCAGUGCAUCUUUGCAAAUCGUGGUUUCAGUGGGCACUCUAUACGAGCCGGUGGAGCAACAGCUCUUGCGCUCAUGGGGGUCUCUCCAGACAUGAUCCAAGGAGCAGGAAGGUGGUCUUCAGAUGAGUUUUGA